AUGAAAGUAAUGAGAAGUAUAACAGAUAAUUAGAAUGUAAUAAAAUUAUAUGAAGUUUAUGAAGGCGAAAAUACAAUAUAUUUUGUAAUGGAAAUAAUAGAUGGGAUCUCCUUAUAUGAAGAAAUUAAAAGACACUCAUAAUAACCUUUUAAUGAAAACAAAAUAACAUUAAUAAUGAAAAUGCUUAUAGAAGGUAUACAAUACUAUACUUCUAAAAAUAUAAUGCAUAGAGAUUUGAAACCUGAGAAUAUUCUUUUUACAUAAAAAGGGAUUCUUAAAAUAAUAGAUUUUGGUUUAGGAGCUUUCGAAAAUGAAUUCCCAUAUAUAUUUCCUAAAUGUGGAACUCCUGGAUUUGUAGCUCCUGAAGUAGCUAAUUUAGUUGAUUAAACUAAAGAUGAACCUGCUAAUAGCGUAAGAGAAAAAACAAAAUCUCUAUUUGUUAUGCCUUUAAGAAUUCCUUACCUUAGUAAAGAUAUUGAACAAAUCGAUAAUAAUUUAAGCUCUUUUGUUAUUAAAGAUUCUCUUUUUACAGGAUGCAAUUCUAGACAAAAAUCUGACGCUUCAAAAAAUGCUUAUUAUACUAUAGGGUCUAUUGACGAAAAAUAAUAAAGUAGGAGUAACAGUAGAAGAUAAAACUCUUAAUAGAAAUACAAAGCAUCAAAUAUUUAUGAGAAAUCCAAGUUGAAAUUAAAAAUGGCUAUUAAUGAAGAAGAGGAAGAAGAUGAUCAUUAAAAAGUCCGUAUUCAUAAAAAAAGAUGAGGAAGAAAAGUUUG